AUGGCGGCCUUUUAUUCACGUACACCAGUGUCAGAAGCCAAAGUCGGCUGUGCUAAAUGUGGAUAUGUUGGUCAUUUGACUUAUCAAUGUCGUAAUUUCAUUCAAAUUGAUCCGGCGAAAGCUGCUGUACUUGAUGUUAGCUCGACUAGUUCACCCUCGAGUGACGACUACGAUGAUACGCCACUUCAAUUACUUACACGAGAGGAAAUCAAUCGUGAAAAAGAACAACAACAACAACAACAAAAAAGAAAGAAAGAAACUGAAACGAGUAGAAAAUCGAAAAAACAUGAAAAAGCAAAACGUAAACGACAUCGAUCGCCAAGCACCAGUAGUUCAUCCGAUUCGGAUUCGGAAUCGGAAACGGGAUCGAAAAAAUCGAAACGAACACGUCAUCAUAAACAUCGACAUCAUUCAGCCAAAUCAAAGAAAUCAAAAAAAGAAUCAAAACAUCGUCGCCAUCGUUCAUAA